AUGUGCCUGUGUUCUGAUUGGGACCACGUGCUUGUAUUCCGAGCCACUUGGAAGGACACAAUGCACCAGGGCUUCUCCUACUGGACCAAGGGCACCUCCUUCUGCUUCCUCCUGACUGCUCUGGGUGUGACUGCCGGUGCCCAUCGCCUGUGGAGCCACAGGUCCUACAAGGCCAAGCUGCCUCUCAGGAUAUUUCUGGCUGCCCUCAACUCCAUGGCUUUCCAGAACAACAUCUUUGAGUGGGCCAGGGACCACUGAGCCCACCACAAGUACUCAGAGAUGGAUACAGAUCCCCACAAUGCCCGACGAGGCUGCUUCUUCUCCCAUGUUGGGUGUCUGCUGGUCCUCAAGCAUCCAGAUGUCAUUGAGAAGGGCAGGAAGCUAGAUGUCAUAGAUCGGCUCGCUGACCCUGUGGUCCAGUUCUAGAGAAAGUACUAUAAGAUCAGCGUGGCGCUCAUGUGCUUUGUGUUCCCUGCACUGGUGCCCUGGUACUUCUGGGGAGAGACUCUGCGGAAUUCCGACUUUUUGGCUUCCAUUCUGCCAUACGCCAUUGCUCUCAACGGUACCUGGCUGGUCAGCAGCGCUGUCCAUAUGAAUGGAAAGCAGCCCUAUGGUGAGCAUAUCAGCCCCUGGCAGAACCCACUGGUCGCUCUGGGGGCCAUUGGUGAUGGCUUCCACAGCUACCACCACACAUUUCCCUUCGACUACUCUGCGAGUGAGUUUGGCUUAAAUUUCAACCCAACCACCUGGUUCAUUGACGUCAUGUGCUUCCUGGGACUGGCCACUGACCGCAAACAGGCCACCAAGUGGAUGAUUGAGACCCACAAAACCAAGACAGGAGACGGCAGUGCCUGA